AUGGCCCAAUUUCUUUCUGCUGCUGCUGAUGAGGCGGGAAUUGACAUAAGUUUAGCAGUAAAUUCAGAAAAUACUGGCACCUCAUUUUUUAAAGCAGAUCACCAUAAUUCUAUCACAAUAAAGAAACCAUCAAAGUGA